AUGGCAACGCAAAGCCAAAUGGACGAGAAGAUUCGGCCUGCAGCGCCAACAUAUUCUGUUGAGCAUUCGGCAACUCCUGCACAACUCGCAGAGAAGGCAAACAGUCAGAAGUAUCUCUCCCACGAGAUGGCCACACCUGCACAGCUUGAUGAGAAGCGUCGAGGUAACACCGCUUAUCCGCCGCCUCCCCCUCUUGCAAGCGCUGCAACGCCUGCGCAGCUAUCUGAGAAAGCCCAAUAUGCCCCCGAACGUCGAGGAAGACCACCCCCACUACCGCCUCGAAUGGGCUCGAUACCUGCUUCUGCUCCUCCUGCAUACAGUGCAGCCGACGAUGCAAAGAGAACCGAAAUGAUCUCUGAGCAAUGGCAUUCCAAUGAUCCAAGAUCCUCCUCAACACACUCCCUGGUGCCCUCCGAGUCCGGUCGGGAUGGUCGACGGACUUUGCUCCUCGUAUACAUCCAUGGGUUUAUGGGCAACGAAACUAGUUUUCAAAGCUUCCCAGCACACGUUCACAAUCUGCUCUCCAUCACACUUGAAGAGACUCACGUUGUACAUACCAAAAUAUACCCAAGAUACAAGUCGAGGAAGGCGAUUGAAUUUGCUAGAGAUGACUUCAGUACUUGGUUGGAGCCAAAUGAGAAUCAUUACACAGAUGUCGUCUUGCUUGGUCACAGUAUGGGAGGAAUUCUCUCUGCAGAAGUGGCGCUCCAAGAACCACAAUCUGUUGCUACAGGGAAGCCCUUUCGGCACAGGAUACUGGGUACAAUCAACUUUGAUACGCCCUUCUUGGGAAUGCAUCCUGGGGUCAUAGUCAGUGGCAUUGGAAGUUUGUUCCGUCCCGCAGACCCUCCUCCCGGGCAACGGCCUAGUCAGUCAUCAACCAGUGGAGCUACUUCGCCUACUGCAUCUGGAUCAUCUCCUAGCUAUACUCCCUCAGUAAUUGACUCUGAUUCCACCUCUCAGAUUAGUCUAGUUCAAACCAUCACAUCGCCCUUGGCUACCCCACCACCAAAUGAUCCUUUCUUCAAUCCUCCAUUCCCAAAUGAUGUUCGAUUACCAGAACGGAAGGGAUGGUCCAACCUGCUUCAUUUUGUUAACAAACACUCCGAUGGCCUCACUUCGGCAACGAAAUCAUAUUUCAUGUCACAUUUGGAAUUCGGCGGUGCCAUGGCAGAUUAUCCAGGCUUGAAGAAUCGUUAUGAUAGGCUUCGUGCAUUGGAAGAUGUUGAUGAUCUAGCGAGGCGAGGCGGGUCUGGCUAUCAGCCUCCAGUAAGGCGGAUUCGAUUUACAAAUUAUUACACAGCUAGUACUGGUAGGCCCAAGGAGCCGAAGAUUCCACCUGGGCAGAUGAUAGGUGAAGACGGGAAUAUGAAACCUAUCGAAUCUGAGAUGCAGGACAUCAGCCUAGGCGCUGCUAGCACUUCAACCAUCUCUGUGGACAAACACGGGGAUGGUACUGUCACACCGAAACAGCUAGACACAAAAGAAACAUCCUCAGUGGAGGCACAAAUGGAAAAUCUUGGUAAAAGUUCCGGUGUCCAGGAUGACUUUCAAGAACCUCCAGAGAUGAUGCAUAUUGAUUCCAUGCCCAUGGAGGACGAUGAGUUCCCCGAGCCACUGACUACCACGGAAACGGGGGCAUCAGAAACACCAGCUCAAGAAAUCAAGCCCAGUGUAACCGAACCAUCGCUUCCCCCAAUUCCACCGGCACCUACAGAGCCAGAGGCGAUUGAUCUCAGCCUAUAUACUGACAAAGACUCCCGGAAGAUCGCCGAGAAGGAACAAAAGCGCAUCAUGAAAGUCUACCAACAAGCUGUGAAAGAUCGAGAAAGCGCCAUCAAGGACAGAAAGAAGUUGGUUGAGAAGCGAGAGAAGAAAGCCCGACAGGACCGAGAGAAGGAACUGAAGGCGGAAGAUAAACAGCGAUUGAAGGAAGAGAAAGAAGAAGAGAAGCGUCGGGCUACGAUUAAUCCUGCGCCGCCGAAGGAAAAGGAAAGACAAGCCUCUGUGACCUCCUCGAUCGUCAGAGAUGACAAGCCCAAACGAGACAAGAAAUUCUGCAUGCUGCCUCCAGAGUAUGGUGGCAAGAGAGACAAGUGCUGGAUCCGAGUGUACAUGGAAGGCGUUGAUGAAGUCGGAGCGCAUUGCGGCCUAUUUUUUCCCGGCCCACAAUAUGAGAGUUUAGUCGGGGAUGUGGGUGCGAGGAUUGGGAAAUGGGUCGAGGAAGAUGCUACAAGGCGAGCUGUACUUGCUGCUGAGAGAGGUUAA